UUCUUCAACAAGGAGCAAUUUUUCCCCUCUUCAAAAUGACUAUGGUACAAACUAUGGCAGUCUAUGCCACCCUGUGGACUAUAUCAGAUUUAGUUCAACAGAAAUUCAUCAGCAAGAAGGAGCAGAUGGACUAUCAAAAAUCUGUCCGGAUGGUAACUGUCGGAACUUUUGUUGUGGCACCCAUUGUGUAUACUUGGAUUUUCAUAGUGGAGCAAAUGUUUCCAGGAAGAGCAAUCAAAAAUGUAGCAAAGAAAAUGAUCACAGGCCAAGUUGUUUUUGCUCCUUUUGCCAUUUCUACAUUUUAUUUUUCAACAUGUAUGCUUGAAAGAAAAUCAUUCCAGCAAUUUAAAGAGGAGUGGUUCAAGAAAUUUCCAAUCACUUACAAGACAAAUCUCAUGUUUUGGCCAUUUGUACAGUCUGCAAACUACUCACUUGUUCCAUACAAAUACAGACCCAAAGUGGUUGGUUGUGCUUCUUUUAUAUGGUCCAUGUUCCUCUGUUACAAGAAGGAGCCCUCCAAGGAAGAAGUAGUGAAAGAGAAAAGCUGACAACAAAAACAGAUAGGAAAUUGACCAAUGAAUUUUAAAUAUCUAUUGUGUUGUUUCUCAGACAAACACUACGAGUAUUUUGAUAUUUUGUAGCUAGAACUGUAUAUGUAAGUACAAAUGUAGUAUAUGUAUGGUGAUCACUGAUGCAAGACUGAUGUAAAUACAUGUAAAUGAUCUUUCACACUUUUUGUCCUUGCAAAGCUACAAAAAUAAUUAAUCAAAAAGUCUUAUUUUCCACAGAAAAACUUCUAUAGUUCUUACAUACAGAAUAUACUCUAUAGGUGAUUAGUACAUAUUAUUUGAUGAAAUAUUCAAGAGAAAAAGUGGGGUUGGUGAAAUUAGCCACUAGACACAGUGUUUCACAAUAAAAAAUUCUUCCAUCAUAUCCUUUCUUUUAUAAUGUUUAAUGCUAUCAGGUAUUUUUUGUUUUUGUUGCAAUUGAGGAAUCAUGACCUCAAACACCACGAAUGUGUCAAUAAAUUGGAAAUCCCAAA